UAUAUUUUAAAGUCACAAGCUGUAUGCACUACUAAUACAUGUAUUUCCCGUACGUUGCUGACUUGCUGUAGAUGUUUACGCUGAGAUUGAGUCAUCAGUUGAUUCUUUCGCGUAUACGACCGAAAUAAUGAGUAAAAUCCAUGAAGGUAUCAACUGUGACGCCUGUCCUGUCAAGGAUUUCCCCGGAGUUCGGUACUCCUGCCUCAGUUGCAAUGAUUUCGACCUGUGCGAAACUUGUCACCAGCGGGGAGCAUUCACCAAAUCGCGCGCCCCUUACCACCCGAUGCAACCCGUCCACACGCAGUACGAUUUUGUGCAAAAGCUGAAGCAUGGCGCGGCUGCCGGUUUGGUGGAUCUUAAAAUCUACUGCUGCCCACAAUGUGGCACCAAUGGGUUCAGUUUAUCGACGUUGCUCUCCCAUCUGAAGUCGAUGCAUCCGGAAUGUAAAGGCCGAGUACGGUGCCCGGUUUGCGUCACUUUUCGAAUCGGGCGGUAUGGAUCCGAUCUGCUCGAUUGGAGCUUAGCGUUUCACAUCGAGAAUGGGCAUAUGGGGUUUGAUACCGAUGAGGAGCAUUUAUUCAAAACACUUCAAUACGCUGCAACAAGUUAUUCAAGAAGGAAUCCGUCCUGGUCAAUCGAUGUUGAUGGUGCAAUCUGCAGCAUAUGCAAAACAAAGCUGGGACCAAACGGAAGUAUUUACAAGUUUUUACAAUGCGGCCAUGGAUUCCAUCGUCAGUGCAUUGACUCAUGGCUCGAAAACAACAAUUCAGAUUGCCCGGUGUGCCACGAUCAGAAAUAAAUAUAUUUAGUGAUUGGC